CGCCGCCGCCGCCGCCGCGCCGCGGUUUGAGGGCGGGAGGCUGGGGGAGGGUAGCGGAGCCGGCGCCGCCGCCAUGUUGGAUCUGAGGCGGCUGCUGUAGGCGCCGACGGAGCGAGCGGGCGUGCGGAGCGGCGACAGCGGCGUGGGAUCUGCUUCUCUGCGAGCGGCCCGGAGGGGCGGCGGCGGCGCCAUGAGCGGGGGCACCCCUUACAUCGGCAGCAAGAUCAGCCUCAUCUCCAAGGCGGAGAUCCGCUACGAGGGCAUCCUCUACACCAUCGACACCGAGAACUCCACCGUAGCCCUCGCCAAAGUUCGAUCCUUUGGUACAGAAGACAGACCAACAGAUCGUCCUAUACCACCUCGAGAUGAAGUCUUUGAAUAUAUUAUAUUCCGUGGGAGUGAUAUUAAAGAUCUCACCGUUUGUGAGCCACCAAAACCACAAUGUUCUUUGCCUCAGGACCCAGCUAUCGUUCAGUCCUCACUAGGUUCAUCUACUUCUUCAUUCCAGUCAGUGGGUUCCUAUGGACCUUUUGGCAGGAUGCCAACAUACAGUCAGUUCAGUCCAAGUUCAUUAGUCGGGCAGCAGUUUGGUGCUGUUGGUGUUGCUGGAAGCUCCUUGACAUCUUUUGGAACAGAAACAUCAAACAGUGGUACCUUGUCCCAAAGUAGUGCAGUUGGUUCUGCAUUUACACAGGAUACAAGAUCUAUAAAAACACAGUUAUCUCAAGGUCGUUCAAGCCCUCAGUUAGACCCUUUGAGAAAAAGUCCAACCAUGGAACAAGCAGUACAGACCGCCUCGGCCCACUUACCUGCUCCAGCACCUGUUGGGAGAAGGAGCCCUGUAUCAACCAGGCCUUUGCCAUCUACCAGCCAAAAAGCAAUAGAGAACCAAGAGCACAGGCGAGCUGAAGUACACAAAGUUUCAAGGCCAGAAAAUGAGCAACUCAGAAAUGAUAACAAGAGACAAGUGGUUCCAGGUGCUUCCUCAGCUCCAAGGAGAGGGCGAGGAGGUCAUCGAGGUGGCAGGGGAAGAUUUGGUAUUCGGCGGGAUGGUCCAAUGAAAUUUGAGAAAGACUUUGACUUUGAAAGUGCAAAUGCACAAUUUAACAAGGAGGAGAUUGACAGAGAGUUUCAUAAUAAACUUAAAUUAAAAGAAGAUAAACUUGAGAAACAAGAGAAGCCAGUAAAUGGUGAAGAUAAAGGAGACUCAGGAGUUGAUACUCAAAACAGUGAAGGAAAUGCUGAUGAAGAAGAUCCACUUGGACCUAAUUGCUAUUAUGACAAAACCAAGUCCUUCUUUGAUAAUAUUUCGUGUGAUGAUAAUAGAGAACGAAGACCAACCUGGGCUGAAGAAAGAAGAUUAAAUGCUGAAACAUUUGGGAUUCCACUUCGUCCAAACCGUGGUCGUGGAGGGUACAGAGGCAGAGGAGGUCUUGGUUUCCGUGGUGGCAGAGGGCGUGGUGGUGGCAGAGGUGGUACAUUUACUACCCCUCGAGGAUUUCGUGGUGGAUUCAGAGGAGGUCGUGGGGGCAGGGAGUUUGCAGAUUUUGAAUAUAGGAAAGACAACAAAGUUGCUGCAUAGUCUACAAGCAAGUCUUUGAAAAUAGGUGAAUUUCUAGCUCUUCAUGGUCCUGAAAAUUGGUUUCAGUCUUUGUGAAGAAUGAAGAAGUGAAUUUGCUGUAUAUUUGUCACCAGCACUGGGUUUUGUUUGUUUGUUUAUUUUUCUGCUUAAUUUCAAAGAUACAAUGCAGUUACUUUUGGGGGGAGGAAGGCUCAUCUUAAAAAAUGAGCACUAAAUAUAUUUGGAAUAGCAGAAGGGUUAAGUAAUUUCUUAUGUAUAGUUAAACUAAAGCAGUACUUCAAUGGACUUAUAAGUAUUUUUUCAUCACUGAAAGGAUUUUUCUUAUCACUAAAUUGUAUUUGGCAAUUAUUGCAAGUUGCCUGCAGAUAGGGCCGUGAUACUGUGUUUUGAGCCACAGAAGGUUGUGUGUGUAUGUGUGUGUGUGUGUGUGUGUGUGUGCGCGCGUGUGUGUGUCUAUCUUCCUCUUUCUUUUUGGAAAUCCUAUAAUAUGAGGUAGCUUAUUUCGUCAAUUAGGGUGCUGGAUGGUAGAGAAUUUUGUCAGUCAACUAUGUACACAGUAAAUACUGUUUCUUAGGCAAAGGUAACUUUUUUAUAUAGUUGUAAAAUUCCAUUAUAUUCCAUUGCCAAAGAAACAUUAAGAACUUUGUAUAGCUGUAUAAAAAGCAACUAAUUUUUUAAAGAAUAAACAUUUUAAAGUCAGCAAACAUACUGUGUCCUUGCAGAAGUUGAUGUGCUGAGGAACAGAGUUAUGGGUGGGUCUUUUUUUCCCUUGUCUUUCCAGGCUCAAUAUUUUUGAUUUAUUUUUUAAUGUUUGGAACAUAAAUGAAGAUUUGAUACAUUCUUCCAUUAUCUAAAAAGGAUAAAUUCUUCAUGCUCAAUGUAAGAACUUCAUUUUGUAGCAAAUGGCAUAUCACAGGAUUUCUCCAAAUAAUAUUUUCAGAAUAUGAAUGUAAAUAAUCAUAGAUAAGAAUGUACUUAGCUGUAUUUUCAAAUAAGUAAUCAUCCCCUUUUUUAAGACUUUUAAAACUAGGCAUCAGUUAACUUGUUUUUCCUGAUAUGCCUGGAGUUUUGUUGUGAUAACAUUGACUCAUUCCAUUAUAUUUCAAGAGGAUUCAGAAUGUUCGAAAUUAUUUUGAAAACUUGUAACACAUUAUUAUUAACAUUGGGCCUGUGACCCACAGAUGACUCAGUAUAGAAUUCAUUGCUAAUUAUAAAUUACUAAUAAAUCUUUUUGAUAUUUUAAGCUAUAGUGGAAAAAAUCUGGCCACUUUUGUGUUUUUAUGAAGGCCAUGGAAUAAAGGGAUCCAAAGAUUUAAAUAUUUUUAUCUACUUUGAUUUUUGUUAACUUUCUCCUUAAAACAUUCAGUAGUGAUAAAGAUGUGGAAAACUGCACUGUAGGAGAAUUGGAAUAUUUAAAGAUGGUUGAUAUUUUUAUUUUAAUUUUAUAUCUUUUGUAUAGCUCUACAAGGAAAUGUUUUGUAAUUUGAUUUCAUUAUUAAGAUCCAGUACUUGGCAGCCAUAGUUUAGAUAAUAUUGUUUAGUACUAUUUGCUUGCAUGUUAACAACUAAACCUUUUGGAGGACCCACAAAUCAUGAUAAUGAACAUAUUUCUGAGGCAUUCGAGCAUCAAAGCAAGUGCUGUGGCAAUACCUGUGUAGACUGAGAAGUCCCAGGCCAAUUUCAAGAAGAAAAACUUGUAAAUACCAGUUCUACACACUCUGAAAGUAUGAGUUCACUCGUUUUUCCCAGCUCUCUGGGUCAUUGACUGGGACAUUUGUUGUCCCAAAAGUAACUGGCAGCAUGGCGUACCUGCAGUGCACCUUACAAUAUUAAAGCAAGGUUUUUAUUCUAAAACAGAAUAAAACUGUUCAAUAAAAAAAUGUUUGUCAAA